AUGCUGAGCCCCGCUGCCCGGUUCCGCGCCCGCCGCCGGGAGAUGCUCCUCGUGGUCGCCCUGUGUCUGCUGUGGCAAGAAGCGCCCGCGGCGCCGACCCCCGCGGCAGACGACAUCACCCGGGGAGUUGACUGGCUGAUGAAAUUUGGGUACCUGCCUCCUCCAGACCCUGUCACUGGAAAGCUGCAGACACAAGAGGAGCUCACCAAGGCCAUCACAGCCAUGCAACAGUUCGGGGGGCUGGAGGCAACAGGAGUCCUGGAUGAAGCCACACUGGAGCUGAUGAAGACCCCUCGGUGCUCACUGCCCGACCUCACCACCGCCCCGGCCAGGAGGAAGAGACACACACAGGCUCUCACCAAGUGGAGCAAAAGGAAUUUGUCUUGGAGAGUCCGCACCUUCCCAAAAGAGUCUCACCUGGGCCAUGACACUGUCCGGGCACUGAUGUACUAUGCCCUGAAGGUCUGGAGUGACAUUACCCCUCUGAAUUUCCAUGAAGUGGCAGGUAACAAUGCUGACAUCCAGAUAGACUUUUCCAAGGCAGAUCACAACGAUGGUUACCCCUUUGAUGGACCUGGUGGGACAGUGGCCCACGCUUUCUUCCCUGGAGAGCAUCAUACAGCAGGGGACACCCAUUUUGAUGAUGAUGAAUAUUGGACCUUCCGAUCAUCAGAUGCUCAUGGGAUGGAUCUGUUUGCUGUAGCCGUUCAUGAGUUUGGCCAUGCCAUUGGCUUGACCCAUAUCUCUGCCAUAGAGUCUAUCAUGAGACCUUACUACCAAGGUCCAGUGGGGGACCCUCUGAAGUAUGACCUACCCUAUGAGGACAAAGUCCGAAUCUGGCAACUCUAUGGAGUCAGGGAAUCUGUGUCCCCCACAGCCAAGCCUGAAGUCAGCAAAGCUGAUGAUCAUCCCGUCCUGCCAGAGCUGCCAGAGAACCGCUCCACGGUCCCGCUCAGGAGGGACGUGCCCAACAGAUGCAACACCCACUUUGAUGCAGUGGCCCAGAUCAGGGGAGAAGCUUUCUUCUUCAAAGGGAAGUACUUCUGGAGACUGACUCGCAAUAAGCACUUGGUCUCCCUCCAGCCGGCUCAGAUCCACCGCUUCUGGCGGGGUUUGCCCCUCAACCUGGACAGCCUGGACGCGGUCUAUGAGAGAACCAGUGACCACAAGAUUGUCUUCUUCAAAGGAGACAGAUACUGGGUCUUCAAAGACAAUAACGUAGAGGAAGGAUACCCACGGCCCAUCUCAGACUUUGGUUUGCCACUGGGAGGAAUCGAUGCUGCUUUCUCCUGGGCCCACAAUGACAAGACUUAUUUCUUUAAGGACAAUCUCUUCUGGCGCUACGAUGACCACGAGAGGAGGAUGGAUCCCGGGUACCCUUCAGACACCAUCCCAUGGAAGGGGAUACCAAGCCCUCUAGAUGAUGCCAUGAGGUGGUCAGAUGGUGCAAGUUACUUCUUCAGAGGCAAGGAGUACUGGAAAGUGCUGGACAACGACCUGGAGGCUCAGGCUGGUUAUCCCCAGUCCAUUGCUAGAGACUGGCUGGUGUGCAGUGACCUGCAGGCUGACUCCCCAGAGGCAGUGGGGAGCAGCAGGACUGGGGCACGCUCCAAACCAGGGCAGCAUGACCAGAGCCGCUCCGGGAACGGCUACGAGGUCUGUUCCUGCACCUCUGCUUCUCCACCCCUCUGGGCUUGCCCUCUGCUCAGACUGUCAGCCAGCCUGGUGCUGAUGAGUGUGUGGACAGCAGCACUGAUGUGUGCUGCCCUAUGACAUCUCAUCCCAUGGACAAGACAACACUAUGGUGCUCCAGGGAGUGGAGGUGGAUACGAUCCCAUGAACGUAACUGUUGCAAGCAGAAGAACAUUCCUAGGAAGAUGCCAGUGAAGGGUUUGAAUUCUCCAUGAGAAGUGAACAGCAUUUGUUGUGUUGGGGUUUUUUUUCUUCUUUUUAAUUUUAGUCUAGUCUAAUAACAGAUUUUGAGUUCUGCACCUUCUUAUUCCCCCAUCCAGUUCAAGAUGAGAGCAGCCUAAUGCUGAAUUUAGAAAUGCUCCGUAGAGAUGUGUUGCUUUGGAUGUGUAAUCAUGGCAAACAAGGGAAGGGAGAGCUACCGUGAUCAAAUGGGAGGAGAAGGGAUGCUACUGAGACAGCUGGCAACAUCCUGGAGGUUGUAGGCAGGAGGUGGUAGUCAGAUGCUGACACAACGUACACAUCCCAUCGGAUGUACUAGGUAGAAAGAAACUUGGAGUCCACUAGGAUUAACUGCAAGGUGAUUGUUCUUCUGUCCAACCUGCUCUGGUCACUGAUGGUCUGGUAACCUGUAUCAGCUUCUACGGGUCGGAAACACCUUUGCCUUUCAGAGGGCUGUGCAGCUUAUCUUUGUAUCUGAGUCAUUAGCAAUUUCUCUAAUAAACCUUGGCUGCCUACACA